AUGUUAAUCCAGUUUUUGUCUGUUUACGAUGGGCUGUUGUUCCUGUUUGUGUCUAGUUUUGAUGAGGUGUUGAUCCUGUUUGUGUCUGUUUAUGUUUAUGAUGAGCUCUUGAUCCAGUUUGUGUCUGUUUACGAUGAGCUGUUAAUCCAGUUUUUGUCUAUUCACGAUGGGCUGUUGUUCCUGUUUGUGUCUAGUUUUGAUGAUGUGUUGAUCCUGUUUGUGUCUGUUUAUGUUUAUGAUGAGCUCUUGAUCCAGUUUGUGUCUGUUUACGAUGAGCUAUUAAUCCAGUUUUUGUCUGUUUACGAUGGGCUGUUGUUCCUGUUUGUGUCUAGUUUUGAUGAGGUGUUGAUCCUGUUUGUGUCUGUUUAUGUUUAUGAUGAGCUGUUUAUCCUGUUCGUGUCUGUUUAUGAUGAGCUGUUGAUCCUGUUUGUGUCUGUUUCUGAUCAGCGGUUGAACCUGUUUUUGUCUGGUUAUGAUGAGCAGUUGACCCUCGAUGGAGAUGGGCACCAAGACUCCAAAGACAAUUGUCCAGAAACGCCAAACAGCUCCCAGCUGGAUUCUGACAACGAUGGGUUGGGUGAUGAGUGUGACGAUGAUGAUGACAACGAUGGAAUUCCUGACUAUGGACCUUUGGGCCCUGAUAACUGCCGCUUAGUUGUGAACCCCAAUCAGAAGGAUUCUGAUGAUAACGGGAUUGGUGAUGUUUGUGAAAAUGACUUUGAUAAUGAUGCUGUCUUUGACCAGUUUGAUGUCUGUCCCGAGAGUGCAGAGAUCACUCUUACUGAUUUCCGUGCCUAUCAGACUGUUGUUCUAGAUCCUGAGGGUGAUGCACAGAUUGACCCGAACUGGGUGGUCCUAAACCAGGGAAUGGAGAUUGUUCAGACGAUGAACAGUGACCCUGGAUUAGCUGUUGGUUACACUGCGUUCAAUGGAGUGGACUUUGAAGGCACUUUUCAUGUGAACACUGUGACGGAUGAUGACUAUGCAGGGUUUAUCUUUGGCUAUCAGGACAGUUCCAGCUUCUACGUGGUGAUGUGGAAACAGACAGAGCAGACGUACUGGCAGUCAACACCAUUCCGUGCGGUAGCUGAACCAGGCCUUCAGCUCAAGGCUGUGAAAUCAAAGAGUGGCCCAGGAGAGCACCUAAGGAAUGCGUUGUGGAAUACUGGCAGCACACAGGACCAGGUCACCCUCCUGUGGAAAGAUCCCCGGGACGUGGGCUGGCAGGACAAGACCUCCUACCGAUGGCAGCUAAUGCAUAGGCCACAGGUCGGCUAUAUAAGAGUUAAAUUGUACGAAGGACCUAAUCUGGUGGCUGAUUCGGGGGUAACAAUCGACACAACGAUGCGUGGGGGGCGUCUCGGUGUCUUCUGCUUCUCCCAAGAGAACAUUAUUUGGUCCAACCUGCGUUACAGGUGUAAUGACACAAUUCCUGAUGACUUUGAGCCAUUUCGGAAGCUGCUGCAACUUGGCCUAUGAAGAUCAAAGAGGUUCUUAUGCCUGGUGGCUUCAGGGACGCUUGUCAGUCGUUUCCACAAACAGUGAAUUUGACCCAAUGGCAACAAGAAGUAAUUUUUUAAAAUGCCAAAAACAUUAAAAAAAAAUAGAAAA